CAACUACUGGAGCAGUGAAGCUCGUUACUUACAUUACUACUCCUCCCACUCCACUCUUCAUUGCAUAUCCUGAUAUGCAUUGAACAUCAGAUAGGCACUUCUUUCAAAAUUUCGCCAUGAAUCUGAUUCUACUCUUAGUCUUAGCUUCCUUGGUUUCAAGUUCCCUUGUGUUGGGAAUUCAGGCUGUUCAUUCCCACCACUCAAGAAUAUUUUCUCAGAUUACUGUUAUGGGCCUUGUUUAUUGUGACACCUGCUCCAACAAUUCCUUCUCCAAGCACAGUUACUUCUUACCAGGUGCAGAAGUUCGAAUCGACUGCAAAUUAAAAGCAGAAACGCCGCGUACAGCGGAGCAAAUAGCAUUCUCAGUGAACAGAACAACAAACAAAAACGGAGUUUACAAAUUGGAAAUACCUUCGAUGGACGGAAUCCGAUGUGCAGAGGAUUCCUCAAUGGUGUCGUUCUGCCAAGCGAGUUUGAUGGGAAGUUCGUCGUCCGCUUGCAACGUUCCAGGAUACAAAACCACAUCGGGAGAAAUUUCAAUCAAAUCGAGACAGUCAAACGUUUGCAUUUACAGCUUAAAUCCGCUGAAUUACAGGCCAUCAACAAGAGACGAUAUCUUGUGCGGGAAUUAGCAAGAAAAUGGAAGAAGAAGAAGAAGAAGAAGAUUACCUUUUGAUCAAGCUUGGAUUGGAAUAUGUGAUUUUUGUUUUUCAGUCGGGAUUUCACAAAUUUCUGUGUAAUGUUUUUGUACAGUUUUGAUCCGCCUUUUGGAAGUUCGUCGUCUGCUUGCAACGUUCCUGGAUACGAAUUUCUUGUGUCUAAUAGAUUUUAGCUAUAAAAAAUAUUUAUAUUUUA